AUGCCAUCUCUUGUAUCCCUUGUGGGAGCGGCGAUCUGUGCCGCAGUAGCCACUGCCUCCUUCAACAGCAAUCUCAAUUACAAUAGCCCUUCCCCCAGGCACGUUCGCCUAGGCAUUGAUAUUCCCCUCGUCUACCGCCGGGCUUGGAAGCGCGCGAACAAUGCCUAUGACCCUUCUGAAUUGAGUUUCACCCAUGGUGUAUCGUCUGGAGACCCUUGGGAUAAUAGCGUUAUCUUGUGGACGCGUAUUGCGCCAACAAACGAGUCCGAUCAAAGCAACGCUGCGGUCGAGGGUACUGUGCCUCUAUACAGCCAUGAAACUGAAACCUACAUCCAGGCCGACGCCAAUCCAAUCUGCGUCGAGUGGAAGGUUUUCGAAGAAAGGAAGGGUCGUCCAUCUGACCGGGUGGUAUCAAGAGGAAAAGCAUAUACCACAUCCGAUAUUGAUUUCACGGUCAAGGUCGAGGCCAAUGGCUUGAGGGCCUUCACAACAUACUUCUAUCAGUUCUCUGUCUGCGGCUCGGAGAACAAGAGUCCCGUUGGAAGGACGAAAACAGCUCCAGGUCGCAACGACCGUGUUGAUGAGAUUACCUUUGCCGUAUUUUCUUGCGGUAACUAUCCUUCUGGGUACUUUAAUGUUUACGGUAAUGCUGCGCGGAAAGACAACCACGACUAUGUUGUCCACUUGGGAGACUACAUUUAUGAGAACAAGGCCGGAGGGGAGCGUGCUCAUCGGCCGGCUUCUCUCCUCUUCACUCUUCACGACUACCGAACAAGACAUGGACAAUAUCGCACGGACCCUGAUCUGCAACUUUUGGCGCAAAGAUUUGCCUGGAUCUCAACAUGGGACGAUCACGAAAUUGCAAAUAACGGCUAUAGGGAUGGGUUCAGCGCCUUGAACAACACGGAAGAGUCCUUCCUGAACGAUGGGCCACAGAUUAGCGUCGAUUCGCGCAAAGUUAAUGCUGUGAGAGCUUACUUCGAGUGGAUGCCCAUCCGCCAGGUCGAUCUAGACGAUAACCUGAGGAUCUGGCGCUCCUUCAAGAUGGGAAAGCUUCUCGACCUUGUCAUACUCGAUACUAGGAACUAUGAUCGAAGCAUUACCUCACUUGGCUGGAAUGAUCAUUAUAUUGAUCUCAUCCGCGACGAUCCUAGCCGUACUCUGAUGGGUGGACGCCAGGAGAGCUGGUUCUACAACACCCUUAGCGAAUCAAAGGAAAGAGGGGCUACUUGGAGAAUUAUUGGAAAUCAGAUUAUCUUUUCUCGUAUUUUUCAAAACGAUAAAGGUGGCAUGAGCGGCGAUAACUGGAACGGCUACAUCUCGAACCGAAAUCGAACACUGAAGCAUCUCUACGAUCAUAACAUCGGAAAUAACAUCUUCCUCGCCGGAGAUAGUCACCAGAACUGGGUCUCUGACUUGGCGUGGCUUGGCACCAAGGACUAUAAUAUGAAAACUGGCGAGGGAGCCGUCGGCGUCGAGUUUGCGGGUACCGCUGUUAGUUCUACUGGCCAAUCUGGUCCCAUUGAACCAAAGGCUGGAGAUUACUCUAGAGGCAUGAUUGCGCGUAACGAGGAGAUGAUGUGGCAAGAGGGUUACUAUCGGGGUUACUUUCAGCUGGGUGUCACAGCAAAGAAGAUCGAGGCACAGUUUUACGGAUCUCCGUCGGUUGCUACACGGAAUGCCUGGGAAAUUCCUCUCGCUAACUUUACGGUUGUCUCUGGGGAGAAUCACCUUGCAAGACCUGUUGCCGGUGGGAAGGCCGAAUCGGGCGCCUUGAAAUUUGGUGAAGUGUCUCAUUCGAACUUCACAUUGAACACGGAGACAGGGCAGUGGCAGGUAAUUGGCUUUGAAAAGAUGUAUCUUUGA